UUGCCAGUAGUAUACGUAAAGCGAGACUACGUACGGAUAAUAUAAGCGAUGAGGUGCAGGGAAAGUGCCAAGCUAUUAUAGCGCGGGGUAUAUAAGGCUCAGCCUAGAAAACGAAGCGGUUCAGUUAGUGGUUAUACGCCACGUUAAAACAUACGCGAACUCAAGAAUGAAUAUUAGGGUCGCCAUCGUUUUGGUGGCAGUGGCCACUCAAGUUCUAUGCGCGAGGGAUACGAACGAAGCGGACAAGAGCUCACAGGACAUCGCGGCGGAAGCGACGGGGAAGAGGACGGAAAAACGCGGUCUCCACCACAGUUUCGGUGAUUUAGGUGGCGGCGGAGGCGACGGUGGUGGCGGCGGCUACGGCGAUCAUCAUGAACACGUGAAAACGGUGACAGUCGUGAAGAAAGUGCCAGUACCAUACGAAGUAACGAAGCACGUGCCCUAUCUGGUGGAGAAGCAUGUACCGUACGAGGUGAAGGUCGGGGUACCGCAACCCUACACCGUCGAGAAGCACGUACCCUACCCGGUGAAGGUGUUCGUCAAAGUGCCGGUGCACGUGCCGCAGCCGUACACCGUCGAGAAGAAGGUGCCGUACGAGGUGAAGGUGCCCGUGGACAAGCCGUACGAAGUCAAGGUAUACGUGCCGCAGCCGUACACCGUGGAGAAGCACAUACCGGUACCAGUGAAGGUGCCGGUACCGCAGCCCUACACGGUCGAGAAGCAUGUGCCCUUCCCGGUGAAGGUAAAGGUGCCGGUACCGCAGCCCUAUCCCGUGGAGAAGCCGGUGCCCUACGAGGUAAAGGUACCAGUGGACAAGCCGUAUCCGGUCCCCGUGCCGAAGCCGUAUCCGGUCACCGUGGAGAAACCGUAUCCGGUGCCGGUCGAAAAGCCCGUACCGUACGAAGUGAAGGUGCCGGUAGACAAGCCGUACCCGGUGCCAGUAGAGAAACCGUAUCCGGUGCCAAUUAAGGUGCCAGUACCACAACCGUACCACGUGCAUAAGCCAGUGCCGGUGCCGGUGCCGAAGCCAGUCCCGGUACCGAUCAAGGUGCCGGUCGACAAACCGUACAUCGUCGAGAAGGAGGUGCCAGUUCCGGUCGAGAAGGAAAUACCGGUGCCGGUUAAAGUUCCGGUAGCCGUACCGGUACACGUACCGAAGCACGAGGAGUACGGCGGUUACGAUGGCGGUGAUCAGGGCGGUUACGGUGGUGGUGAUCACGGCGGUUACGGUGGCGGUGACCUGGGCGGUUACGGUGGCGGUGGAGGUCACGACUUCCACGGUGGUUUUGGCGGUGGUGGCGACUCGCACUCGUUUCACGGCUGAGUCUCGCGACGAUGCUGAAACGGCCCGUUGAGAGACGCCUCUUCAUCGCUCUCGCUCUCGAUGUAAACGCGCGCUUUUCUCCAAAUCGGGAUUUACUUUCUCGCUGGACCACUUUAGCAAUUUUCGCAAAAGCGAUCUCGGGAAUAGUACGCAAUUUUAGCCACUUAAAGAUCCCAGCCCCGAGACCGAUGUAUUAUUACGAGGAAUAUAUACGGGUGACGAUUAGCUGUUGCGAUUGACGAGUUUACUGUACUGACGUAUUCUUGUAUUAUAUUAGCGAAAAUAUAUACAGGUGAAAAUCUCUAGCGAUUAUAUCAGUCGCUAAAUGCUCUUACGCUGAAUGUUAUAAGAUAGAAAUUAGGAUCAAUUAGGAGCAAUUAUUCUAUUGGUUGCGAUAACAAGUCGCGCAUACACAUUUGUUAAAUUAAUACAUAUUACAAGCCUAAAGAUCUUCUGCAUGCUAUUUCUAUAUUCCAAAGAAAUACACGAAUACGUGUAAGUUUCAGCGAAUGUUUGCGGCAAUCCGUUAUGUCUAUGCAUAGAAUUGCUGUGAGGUAUGUUUACCAUACUAGAGAACGUUGUACCUAGAUAAGCUAAGUGAAAAAUUUACUGUGAAAAGAGUA